AAAAGGAGAGAAAUGCAAAGAACUUUACGACAUUGGAACAAUUUACGAUAUUUCUAGUCAUUUAGACGUUUUAUCUUUCGACGUGCAAGGGCUUGCAAUUUUAAUCAUCCGUGACCUGGAUGAACAUUAACGACGAUGUAAACAUUCGACAGGUGACUGCCUCUUCUGAUUUCAAAAAUGGGAUGAUUGAAUUAAGAAAACCACAUAUUCCUUAAUGGCCUCGGGAAAACCCAAAGGGAAAGAAAUCACGUCAGUAUUUGGGACGUUAGUCCGCGAGGCGGAGCCAGAAGAAUCUGGUGGACCAGCAUGUGUGAGGGUUAAGACAGUCAAGAAAUCCGGCAAAGAAGAAGAUGUUCAUGAGGAAAAUGGAGUAUUAUUCUGGGUGAACAAGAGUGGGUUUCCCAUAGAUAAUAAAACAUGGGACAGAAUGUGGGAACAUGUGGCUCGCAUACAUCCAGAUGGUUAUGAUGUGACACACAAAGUACGAGAUAAAAAGGAUCUACCAUCUGUUCCAAUUCCUCAAGCUCCUACAAAUUUUUCUGCCUCUGUUCCAAUAUCAGAGAGACUGGAUAAAAUUCAGAACUACAUGAGGACCCUUCAGUAUAAUCACACAGGAACACAGUUUUUUGAGAUAAGAAAAAACAGACCUGUAUCAGGAUUGUUAGAGUCUGCAAAGGAAAUGAUCAAAGAAGCUUUGCCUAUCAAAUGUCUGGAGGCUGUCAUACUUGGAAUAUACUUAACAAAUGGUUUUCUGGGUGUGGAGAGAUUUCCACUUAGUUUUAAAAGUGUGUUUGGGGGAAAUGUGCAUAGACAUGUAGUCCUGGGAAUUUACUAUGCUGGCAGCUAUGGAACAAUAGGCAUGAGUCGAAGGGAAGAUCUCAUGUACAAACCUCUAGUAUUUAAGAGUUUAUCAGAUCUUGUGUUUGAUUACGAAAAGUCAUACAACAAAUUUAUGCACGAUGUUAAGAAAGUCAAAGUUGGUAUGCCCGUUCCACAUGACCCUCAUAGUUAUGAAUUCAUCAGCUGGAAGGCAGUGACUGUUAGUCCAAAUAAAAUGUCAAAGAAGGAAAUGUCCAAAGAUCUGGAAAUGAUGGCCAAAGAAAUAAGAACAAGGGGUCAGGCACAGUAUGACCUGCCACAGGUCAAACUGUAUUCAACAAGAUCCCAGGCCAAAUCCUGGACCAUAACUCUCCAGUCUCCCAGAAAAUCUUCUACAGAGGUCCCUCGAGAUCUUCGCAGCAGUCUACAGCAAGCCACAAAGAUAUACCGGGCAUACACAUCUAUUCCCUCUGACUCUGGGACAAAAAAGAGAUCUCAGACCUCUGCUACUCUGGACUCCUCAGACUACCAGCUUCGUAUAUAGCCAUCACACAUCACCAGUUCUAUAGUCUUCACUUAAGGAAAAGAAUUAUCUGUCAACAUGUCAGCCUUUCCAUACAUUGUGCAUUUCUUAAUAAAGAAUUACAGUGUUUCAUCAGGUUUCUAGUGACAUAUCAGGAGUUCCAGCAACAGUGACAAAGAUGUAACUACUACCAGUACAAAGUUACAGUGUGUGUAACUUGACUGUAAUUAUCAAGCACAUUUCAACUCAAUUUUGGUGCUGUAGUGUGCUUUUUCAAUAUUUAUGGUAACUUCUUGUACAUGUAUUUAAUACUUGACCUGAAGGUACAUGUAUUUUUCUCUGUAGAUAAGAAACAAAUACAUUUUUUUUAAAAUGCAUUUGAGAACAGUCAACUUUAUUACAAGACAUGACAUUUUCUAACAGUAUCUGUGAUAUAUGAUGAAUGCAUCAUAUUUUUACUUGUGUGUUUUAUACUAUUGUGCAUGCAUAU